GGAUUUGUAAACGGCAAAUGGUCACGUACACUUCGUACGCCAUUCCGUUACGCAUUUCGAAUACAAUGUCACAAAUACGACUGACGAAUAAUUACACUCGUCACUCGUACAUACAAUUCUAAUGCCCCGUUGCUGAAUUUGUUGUUGUUGAUUUUUUUUUGUCUUCUUAAGUUCAACAUUGCGGUUUUUUUCUCGCUCUUUCAUCGGUCACAAUGACAACGAUUCGCAUUGUGUGUGAGAGUCUGAGCUGGUGGAGCAGCAUAGUCGCUCAAAUUUCCCACCAACAAAUAUAACGCACACCGUUUUGACGGCGACGAAAACAUCGCAUUCGUGCACAAUUACUAUAAAUUCAUAAGACACCGCACCAAUCGAGCACAUUUUCAAAUCACAAUCAACCAUGCUCGGACUGUGUGAAUAUUUAUUCUGAGAUUUUUGUAUUGACAACAUUUGUAUUUUUCGUCAACUUUGUGUGUGGCUUUUUUUUUGUUAGAAAUAUUUUUAGUUGUAAAAUUGUGUAUUUUCGUUUACUUCUGUGGUUAAGUUCAAAAAUUGAUUGAGUGAAAAGGAGAUAGAAAAAAAUAACAAGACAUAAACUGAAUGAGACUAGAAGUGGAAUUAUAUUUAAGUGGACCACGUGGUUUUUGAUAGCACAAGUGUGUUUAUAGUGAAUUAAAUAGUCUGAUACCGGAAUAAUGAUCGGGUUGAAACGAUGGCAACUAAUGGUUUUGCUACUAAUAGCAUCCGUAUUGGUAGUUCGAGGAGGUCAUAAAGAGGAGGAAGAGAAAGGAUUUGAAGAAGAUGGCGGUGAAAAAGAGGAGGGCGAUCAUUUCGAUGACGAAGGCCACAAGGGCGAAAAAGGCUAUCACAAAAAAGAAGAACACGAUGAAGGCAAAAAGGGUCACUUUGAUAAAGAGCACAAAGAACAUCACUUCGACGAGGAACAUGACGAGAAGAAAGGUGGACACGACGAAGAAGAUGAAUAUGGAGACCAUCACGAAGAGAAAAAGGGCUCGAAAGGUGGAAAACAUGGCCAUAAGAAGUACCACAAGAAGGGAUCGAAAACCACGGGAUUCAAAGCGCAUCACAAUAAAGAUGAUUUCCAUAAAGAGAAGAAAUUCUGGGAUUCGGAAGAGAAAAAAGGUGAUCACAAGAAAUAUGGCAGCGAACAUGAGUUCCAUGAAUCUAAAAAGGGCGAACACAAGAAAGGCGAGAAGAAGGGAGAAGGUUAUGAUGAGGGACACGAAGGCAAGAAAGGCCACCAUAAGAAGGGACAUUAUGACGACGAACACAAGGGCCAUAAAGGUAAACAUGGUCAUGAAAAACACCACGAUCACCAUGACAAAUAUGACAAAAAAGGUGGAAAAAAAGGUGGCCACAAGAAGGGAUACGAAUCGAAGAAAGGCGGCCACGAAUAGUCAAUACCCAAUACCAAUUAUCGACAUCAUGUAUCAUAAAAUCAAUGGACUUUUUUUAUUCGAUGCCUACUAUUUGUUCGGUCAUCUGAUUCAAUUGUUCUUUUUGAAAUGUAACAAAUUGUCAUUUAUGCGUGAAUCAAACGCGCUUCAAGCUCUCAAACUAUGGAACUAAUGGAAAAUCAAUAAAAAAAAAAUUGAUUUUGUAAAAAA